GGUCUAUGUAGUCUUCAAAAGGGCGGCUGGUUGCUCGUUCGCUGGGCGAGCUGAGCCAAGAAAGACAGAACUAUUUAUGUGGAAUCUACCGCCGUGGAUGGAAACGCUAGACCAUCCUACGUCGCAAAGUUUCCAAAAUCCUUUAGCUGACGUCCAUAAAGGGCCGGGACUAGGAGUUCAAUCUGGCGUUUCUUGCGAAUAUGGAGUCGUCGACUCAGUGAAUGGAAUAAGCUCCGUUUCGAGCCCUGAGGGGCAUGAAAAACGCACAAGAAGACUUUCUCACAAAUACGACGAGUUUGAACAACCUUCAGUGCGAGGAAUGGCUCAACCAAAUCCACAGCAACCAGCACCCAAGACCAGAACCACAAACCAACUGCAAUUUUUGCUGAAAACUGUGCUAAAAGGGUUAUGGAGACACCAUCAUGCAUGGCCUUUCCGCGAACCCGUAGACGCGGUCAAACUAAAUCUACCGGAUUACCAUACAAUCAUUAAGAAACCGAUGGACCUGGGAACAAUCAAGAAAAAGCUCGAAAAUAACGAGUAUCCCUGCGCUCAAGAAUGCAUUGAGGAUUUUCGGCUGAUGAUAAACAACUGCUAUACCUACAACAAACCAGGAGAUGAUAUUGUGCUUAUGUGCCAAUCCAUGGACAAACUUUUCCAUCAGAAGAUAGCCAUGAUGCCUCCAGAGGAAAAGGAGAUUAUCAUUGGAGUAAAAAGAAAGCCAGGCGAGGGAGGUCAUGGUGGGAAAAAGGGCAGGAAACCAGGUCCAAGACCUAUGGAACAUGCAAUUCCAGUUGCUCCUGAUAGUACACCAAUGACCAUGAUUCCCCCGGUUGCAGCCCAGCCAAUCACAGUCACAGCGACCAUGGCAAUGCCAACACCAGCAGAAGCAGCUACCACAGCACUUCCAACACCUUCUCUCGCACCGGCUGCUCCAGCACUACCAGUCCCAACUUCAUCAUUACCUCUAGCCAAGGUGAAAAAGGGGGUUAAGAGAAAGGCCGACACAACUACACCAACGACACCAAUGAGUGAUCUGAGCGAACCAUUACCAACCUCCAAACCAGCCAAGGUGCCAGCAAGGAGAGAGUCCACACGCACUGUUAAGAAACCCAACAGGGACCUCCCAGAAGGGCCAAGCCUGGCUAGUUUGCGCCAGGGCCAAUUAACAUACGGCGUUGCUGAUCUGUGGGAUUCUACGUCAAGGGGAAAGAAGAAGCCACUCACAGAGCAGCUGAAGUACUGUAGCACAAUCCUCAAAGACAUGUUUUCUAAAAAGCAUUAUGCAUAUGCGUGGCCGUUCUAUAAACCAGUUGAUGCCGAAGCUCUAGGUCUCCACGACUAUCAUGACAUCAUCAAGCAGCCUAUGGACAUGACGGAAAUCAAGAAUAAGCUUGAGAACAGGGCGUACGAUUCCCCAUCAGAGUUUGCUGCUGAUAUUCGACUUAUGUUUAGCAAUUGUUAUCGUUAUAAUCCCCCUGAUCAUGACGUGGUCAAGAUGGCCCGCCAACUCCAGGAUGUCUUUGAAAUGAAAUUUGCCAAGAUGCCAGAGGAGACUAUAAUUGCACCACCGUCCCCUCCCCCGGCCCAACCAGAGGUGGAACCUGAGCAGCAAGAGAGCUCAGAUGAGGAGACCUCUGUCUCCAAUGACAGCGAGGCAGAGAGGGCAGAGAAACUCUCUCAAUUACAACAACAGCUAAUCUCUGUACAUGAGCAGCUAAGCAAGUUGACCGGAGAAAGUGUCCUUGUAACGAAAACAAAGAAAAAGCCUGAAAAGAAAAUUAAAAAGGAGCCACCCGCUAAACCCAAGCCUGUGAAACCCCCAAAACAACAGGCUACUAAAACCCCCAAGGCUGAAAAACCACCAAAGAAAUCUGCUUCUAAGCGGUCUGCAAAGAGCAAGAUUGUGGCAAAAAAGAAAACAAUUGAGGAAGAUAGUGAUGAGGAGGAGACUGCCAAAGCAAUGACAUACGAUGAGAAAAGGCAGCUUAGUUUGGAUAUCAAUAGGCUCCCAGGUCCUAAACUUGGAAGAGUUGUACAUAUUAUUCAGUCACGAGAAAAACAAUUACGGGAUUCAAAUCCUGACGAAAUAGAAAUAGACUUUGAAACACUAGCUCCCUCUACUCUCCGAGAACUGGAGAAGUAUGUUCAGUCCUGUUUAAGGAAGAAGCACAAAACGCCCGCAAAGAAGCCGAAAAAUGCUGAAGAGAGGGAACAAGAGCAAGCUAGAAAAAAAGAAGAGCUAGAAAGACGCCUUCAGGAUGUAAGCGGCAAACUAGGUGCUCCUGCUCAGAAAAAGGCAGCUAAAAAAGACUCUCAUACAGAGCAGCGCAUAAUUGAUGUAGUGGGCAGUGAGCCACGCCCAACCCGUCUGAGCGCUAGUAGCAGCAGCAGCAGUGGGUCAAGUAGUAGCUCUGGCUCAUCAUCAAGCUCUGGCUCCUCAAGCUCUGGAUCCAGCUCUGAGUCUGAAUCAGAAACUGUGGGAAAUGACCACAAGACUGCCUCUAAAACCAAGAGCAAACCAGUUGGGCAUUCUACCACUCCCAAGCCAGCCACUGUGUCACCUUCCAAACCACCCAAACCUUCAGUCCUUCCUGCUUCAGGGAAAAUGGCAGAUAAAGCUAGAGGUGGGCAUGCAGCCCAUCCAGUAACAACCCGGCCAAGUGGGGUGACCACAAAUGAGGGUGUUGCCGACCCCAUCCCUCCUGUAUCCACCAAGCCAACACCUGCAGUAAUCCCCAAAGUCGUCACAGCUGCACCUAAAGCAGCCACUGUUACACAUACCGUCAACAGCUCCAAGAUGCCAACGACCCCUGUAUCUAAGACCCCUAUAUUCACUGCCAUGAAAACUGUAACAGCAACACCAAAAGCUGCAGUAACCACACCCAAGCCAUCGUCAAUUAUUUCUGCAGUCUGCACCACUGUGUCUAGCUCUGUAAAGGAGAAAAAUUCAAGUACCAUUACAGAAAAGACAUCCACUCUGGCCGGCCCCAAACCAGCUGGAGCAUCUGGUCUGACGUUCUCUAUCGGUGAACUGCCUGGUUCCCUGGCUUCGAUUGGUCAAAAGGCAGAGCAGUCUGGGACCAUGAAAAAGGAUGGGGUUUCUAAACCUAUUCGGCAUGUACCAUCUUGGUCCAGCUUGAGCAGUGCAGGCUCUCCAGCACCACCUAGAACAUCCUCCUCUGCUAGCAGCUUUGAGAAGUUUAGACAGCAGGCUAAAGAAAAGACAGAGAGGGAAAAAGCUCUGAAGUUGCAAGAGGAGCAGAUGAAACAGCGACGUGAACACGAGGAAGCAGAGAGACAAAGGCAAGCAGAGGAGAGGAAGAGGGAAAAAGAGGAGGAUGAAGCAUUAGAACGAGCUCGACAGCAACACAAGGAAGAUCAAGCCAAACAAGACCAGAAGAGGAUGAAAGAGAGGAUGCGGGAGGCUGAGAGGCGGCGACGUGAAGCACUCGCGGGCACCAUCAACAUGAAUGAACAAAGUGACAUCAUGGCCUCCUUUGAGGCUGAAAACCUCUACUAGCUACACUAGCAGCAUAAGUAGCGCUAGCAGUAUUACUGGUGGAACCACAAUAAUUCACCCUUAUAAUAACAGUUCUGUAUGCCGGAUAAAUUAGCAAAGAUAUUACUAAUUUACAAAAAAAAUGUUUUAUAUAUUUCCUAUUUAUAGAUUUUAUAUAAUUGAGAUUUGCUUGGUUUCAUUGCGUAAUUACGCCCAGUAAGACUGUUUCCUUAUGAUGUAAGCUCAACUUAAAUCACUUGUGUGUUAAUUGGUUAUAGUGACAUUCGCCAUCAACAGUCUGUCAUUUCUGAUCAUACGUUCUUUUCAAAACUGUUGUCACUGUCGGCCAGAUAUGUGUACAUAUGCUACGUGACUACUGGGCAGAUGUGAUCAUCGCUGUGAUUGCAUUGUAUGUUAGUAUUACUGCCUAUCAGACCAGAUCGGUUCCAGCAAGAACCUAUCGCACUGUAAAGUAAAACUUUCCCGUGUAACGAUCAACAUUUGAAAUUCCCAUAUACAGAUACAAUGCGAUUUUUAUGGGCAUUGCCAUAGGAUAAAUACAGGUUCCGAUGUGUUUCAACCACUUACCCUAGACUACUAUAGAAUACACACUAAUUGUAUUUAGCCUUUUGAGCGUGUGCGUAGGUUAUUAUAAAUAUUUUCAUAGUUUAUUCAUUUUCCCGAGAUUAAGAUGUUGUGAUUUGUUGAAGAAAACUAGGAAAUCUGGUAUUGGGAAUCGAGUAAGUUUCGCUUGCUUGGAUGGGAAUCAUUCAAGCAUUCUGUGCUGCUGCCUUGCAAGCUAAUAUAGCACAGAUCCAAGUCCGGUUCGAGAUCGGAGUUUGGCACCCUGUGACCUCAUGGGACACAAGGAUGUCCUAAAAAUUGUUAACAAAAAAACAUACAA